CAAGAGGUUGUAUCUCAGGUGCAAACUUGUAGCUGAAUAUAUGUACUAAAUGGUGCUUGGUCUUGGUUAGUGAUUUUACCAAAUAAGUAGAAGUGGAAAGUGUAUGACCUGUAUGCAAGUGAGUUUUGACAACAUGCAUAAUAUCAGAAUCAUGGACGAGCUAAUACAUCAAAUGAUAUGCUUGUACUCAUAUGAAAGCUUCAAUGGUACAUUGGUACUAAUGCCUAACAUAGUUAGGCAUGCUAUUGUCUAAUGCCACUCAUUUUAUUUGAUCAGUUGUGAGCUUUAUUUUCUUCUGUGGUGGUUGUUGAUAUUUGAUUUUUUUAUUGAUAAACGAACUGUAGAAAUGAGGCACAUGCAACCUUAUUAAUUUUUCUAUUCAGUCUUAUCAAUUUCUCAGACCAUAAAUUUUAAGAAAAUACUAAGAGAAUGCUCAUGUACUGAAGUCUUUCUUGAUCUUAUCUAGACAAUGACUGCAUAUUAUUAUAAUUUGUUUUCUUCCUGUGUUGUUUCUAAGACUUGGUUUGAUCUACCUGUCAUUUAGGUCACUAAUAUGGCCUCCAUCGCACAAUAUUGACCAUUUCUUUCUUAAGCAUUUGCUAUAAAAGUAGAUUUAAUAAUGACAUUGAUGCAAUUCUGAUGACUCCAUUGAUGUUUUCAUCUAAUAAAACUGAUUAUUUUAUGUUGGUCUAAUCAUAAAAAUUGACUCUUUUUAGGGCAAAAAAUAAUGUUUUCUUUAGAUCAGAGCAUUGGCCCUGACUUGCUGAAAGCAAAAUAUCAUCCUCUGGGUUACCAGCUGUUACAAGACAAGAACAAGAGUUUAGAGCUAAAUGCCACAAACUAGGAAACAAGGACUCCAAACAUGUGGUGAUGUUGAAUUAACUUUGGACCCAAUAUCAUCCUUCAACUAGUGAUGUUAAUAACUAUGGGUUUGCUUCAGCUUUUCGGUGAAGCAUCUGGUCUAAAGAGUAAUGUUCACAAGAGUAGUGUGCUACCCAUCCAAUGAACAGAAAUUGAAGUUAAAGCUAUACAAGAACUCCUUUGUCAGUUCAUGGACUUUCCAUGCAAAUAUCUAGGCCUGCCUCUUUCCUCGUGCAAGCUAACAAGGGCUUAGAUUCAGCCAAUCAUUCAUAGGAUAGCAGAUAAGCUUCCUGGAUGAAAAGCCGACCUUUUGACAAUAGCUGGAAGUUGAAUGUUGGUUCAAUCUGUGCUCACUUCCAUGUUGGUUUAUCUGCUCAUGUCCAUUGAUAAAAUUAGGAGAUGUUUCCUAUGGAGAGGAAGUAAGGAUGCCCAAGGUGGUCACUGCUUGUUGGCUUGGCUGAAAGUGACUCGGCCUUUUGAGCUUGGUGGACUUGGUAUCUUCAACUUCAAUUUACAGAACUUGUUGGGAUGGGCUCUCCAUAUGAGAUGGCUUUGGCUGCGCAAAACUGAGCCAGAUCGCCCGCCCCUGGGCAGCCUUACCUAUUCAGGUUCAGAGUCUGAUCAGAGCUUUCUUCUCCAUGCCAUUGUCUUCUAAGUUUUGUAAAUUCUUGGUUAGAUUAGACAGAUGGCUGCAUAGUCAGAUUAUCUCUACCCUUGUGCCUCAUGUGUUUGCACUUGUAUCUGAAAGAACUGUGAACAAGAGGACAGCAUAUGAGAGGCUCUCAGUAACAUGAGAAGGCUCUCUGGUAUUAGAGGAGCAUUAUCUAUCAGGGCCAUUGCAGAGUAUCUUUUAUCAGUGGAACAUAUCUUGUAUCCGUAGGUGCGUAUGUUGUGAAAAAAAAGGCAACUUUUUUUCUGAAAAAACACACACGGCAACCUUUUUGAACACGAGUUGAAGAGCUAGCCAAUGCCAGUGUAGCAGCCUUGAAGCACCCGGGCUUGUGCGAGGAGAGUUGUGCGAAGGAGCCGAGGCACCCAGCCCCCGGCGCAAGGGCCUCAUCUCCACGGGGUUCGGGGACUCGGGGGCGAGGAUUCAAGGCGGCCAUGGAUCGCGGCACGAGCACAGUUGCCCGAAGACGGAGGGGAGGCUCACCUCUACCCGGCCGCGCCCCACACGGGAGCUGGCGUGGCACACCACCGCCGUCGGUGGCUUGGGUGCAAGCAAGGCGUUCGACGGAAUGCCCUCCGGCUCCUGAGCGGCCAAGGCCCAGCGAGGGGCGCGAGCCGGAGGUCCUGUUGUGGGCGGACAUCCUAGGGCUCGUGCUCGGUCGCCUCCCCCGCGUCGACGACCGCGCCAGGCUGCCCUCCGUCUGCCGGGCGUGGCGCGCCGCAGCGCGCGUCCACGGGCGGCCGCCGCUCCCGCUGCUCGUGCUCUCUGACUUCUCCUUCUCCGCCUUCUGCGCCGACGGGGCUAUGACGGGCGUGCGGCGCAUCCCCUUGCCGCGCUCGUGGGAGAUGGCGGCUGGCGUCCGCUGCGUAGGCUCCUUUGACGGGUGGCUCGUCGGCGUGCAGCUCAACAAAGGUCGCUACUUUGGUGACGGCCGGUGCUUCCUGAUGAACGCUUUCUGCCAGGACGUCGUCCGCCUCCCACCGCCUUCCAUAACCACCCACCCCGUCGAUGUCUACAGUAAAUAUCUCCCCAUCGCCAACGGCUCUGGUGCAGUGCAAUGCAUGGUCAAUGGCGCGCAGUAUCAGUAUGUGAUGUCGUUCUGGAAGGUAGUCUUGUCCUCCUCACCUGACCGUGAUUGCAAGUGCAUUGUGGCUGCCGUCUCCGUGCACAGGAGCACAGCUAGCCUUGCCCUCUGGCAGCCUUGCCAAGGUGGCUGCAUCAGUAAGUUCAGUGACAUUGCCUUGUACCAGGGAAAGGUCUACAUGUUUAGCAAGGUCACCACGAACCUCUUUGUCUUUGACAUCUCAGAAGACGUCAGUCAGGUCAGUGGCCUGAUGGUUUCUGGUGUCGAGCGCUGUGUGACUCAACUGCCAGAGGUCAAGGAUAGCUAUGGACAGAGGUGGAACAUAGUUGAGUGGCAUGAGAAACUAUUGCUGGUUGUGAUAUACUUGGGACCUGAAGGCUGGUACAGUAUUUGUAAGAUUGGGGUAUUUGAGGUGGACUUGAGCAUAAACCCUUUCAGAUUCACUGAGAUCAACAGCUUGGAUGGCGAUUGCAUCUUCAUCAGCCCCUGCAGCAGCAAUUCAUUCCGUGCAUGUCUGUAUGACGGAGUCGAAGAUGAUCUUAUCUACUUCAUUGAUGGUGGCCUCAACCACUCUAGAAAUGCGUCUCCUUUUGAUAAGUUUGUGUACAACAUGAGGGAUGGUACAUUGGCGCCAUUUGCUGUGGAAAUAGCAGACGACAACCUUCGGGCACCAGAUGGCAGCCUGAUGAAUCCCACAUGGCUCUUUCCUUCUAAAUGAACAGCUGCUGUAGAUCAAUUCUGGUCGUUGCAAGUCUGAUUGAGCCGAAGCACUGCUGCUACCUGGUGUGAGGCACCAUGCUAUUUCGUUUCCAAGAACUGGAUUCAAGUGUAUGCUGUUUGUUUUUAUGUAUGGUUUCCAUUUCCAGGGUGCUUAUCUGACGAACUUUUAUUGGUAGUAAACUGAUGUGUACAUUCUUUUAAUGUUUCUAUGUAGACUGUUAGUGCCUGCGCACUUGUAGGAUUUGUCUAGUGUUCAAGUAAGACAGGACUCAAAAUACUUGCUUCUCCAAUUUGAAUGUUUGACUUCACACUGUCUUGGAUGACAUCAAUUUGGACC